UCAAUGCCCCAAUUUCAGCACCCAUUUAUAAAGUACACAUCGUAGAUAAUAUUGUGUUAAAAUUGUUUUAAAUUAUUUUUAUAUAUUAAAAGUAAUUUAACAUUGGGUUAUCAAAAAGAUUCCAAAAUGGAUAUAGACGAUACCGCCUCGGAGGUUGAUACCGACCUCUACUCGAGGCAAAUAGGUACAUUCGGUAUAGAAACCAUGGGUAAAAUACAAAAGCUAAAGGUUCUGAUACUGGGUAUGAAAGGAGUGGGAGUAGAAAUAGCAAAAAAUCUUGCCUUGAUGGGUGUAGAAGCUAUUUGCAUCACAGACGACAACAUAGUUGAACGUAGAGAUCUAGGUGUGAAUUUCUUCAUCAGGUCUUCUGAUGUAGAAGUUAAGACAGUCAGUGAUGCUUGCUUACAUCACUUACAAGAUCUUAACCGAAACGUUCAGAUUACAGUACAUCAUGGGCCAAUCGUAGAGGAGUUAAUAACAAGGCACGAUGUAGUUGUCUGCUGUGAUCAACAAUAUGAAAUGUUGAUUAAUGUCAAUAGGGCAUGCCGCAACAACAAACUGAACAAAAGAGUAGGAUUUAUAGUAGCUGAUACCUUUGGAAUGGUUGGUGCUGUAUUCGUAGAUUUCGGUAAUGAGUUUGUUUGUGUUGACCCAUCAGGAAAGGAAAUCAAUACCGCAAUAGUAUCAGGUAUAUCUAAUGAAGAAGCUGGUCUGGUUUAUAUUCAUACAGAGGGUAGUAUGCCAUUCCAGUCAGGUGAUUUCGUCACAUUUUCAGAAGUAGAAGGUAUGGAUGAACUAAAUAACAUGGGUCCAAUAGAGAUAACCAUCAAGGAUAAAGAGUCGUUCACUAUAGGAGAUACUCGUGGGUUUGGUCAGUACGUGACGGGUGGUAUUGUCAAGGAAAUUAGGAGAUCUAAACAAAUUGAUUUCAUUAGCCUCGAAGAUGCCAUACAGAAUCCAUCGAAAAAUGGUUGCAUGAUAACAAUGGAUCUCAGUCUUAUAGGGCGUGCUGAACAGUUGCAUUGGAUUAGCAUGGCAUAUCGCAUAAGUGGGCAGAGUGCAGACGCAGUGUUGGCCACAGCAAAGACAUUGAAUACUAAGGCACAAUCAUGUGCAGUUGAAAAGAUUGAUGAAGAUGUUCUCAAUAGUUUUGUAAAAAAUGCUCGUUAUAGGAUAUCGCCCAUAUGUUCCUUUGUAGGUGGUGUUGUAGCCCACGAAGUGGUAAAGUUCACGGGGAAAUAUCACCCGAUUGACCAGUGGCUAUAUUGUGAUUUUACAUUACCCACUGAAAUCACAUCUGGAAAUAAUAGUGAUAUUGGAUACGACUCUAGAUACAGUGAUCAUAUUGCAAUUUGGGGUAGAGAAAUACAAAGCAAGAUACAAAGUGCAAAAAUUUUUACGGUUGGAUCCGGUGCGCUUGGAUGUGAGUUUAUGAAACACUUCGCACUAUUGGGUUGUGGCACUCAAAAUGGAGGUAUAGUUAAGAUUACAGAUAAUGAUAGGAUUGAGGUUUCUAAUAUUAGCAGGCAGUUUCUAUUCAGAAAGAAACAUGUUGGUAUGUCAAAAUCUAAGGUGGCUGCAAUAUCGGCAAAAGAAAUCAAUGAACACAUGAAGAUAGAUGCCUUAGAGUUAGCAGUUGGAGCAGACAGUGAAAACAUGUUUAAUGAUAGUUUCUGGGAGGAACUAACAGUUGUUGUGAACGCCUUGGAUAAUAUAAAGGCAAGAACAUACGUAGAUGGACGCUGCGUAUGGUAUGAAAAGCCCCUUUUGGAGUCUGGAACGCUGGGAACUAUGGGAAAUGUUCAAGUUAUUAUUCCUCACAUGACACAAUGCUAUAGUGAGAGCCAAGACCCCCAGGAGAAUUCAAUUCCACUGUGUACCCUAAAACACUUCCCUUACCAAGUUGAUCAUACAAUACAAUGGGCUAGGGACCUUUUUGAGGGUAUAUUCACACAGACUGCACAUGACUUGAAAAGAAUACAGCAAAACUCGCCUGAUGUAGACGAUAUAUCGGACGAAAAGAUUUCAUUAAUCGCGAAGCUAUUGAAAAUUAAUGAUACUAACGUUAAGACGGAACUCUUACAGAUCGCCGCAGAGCUUGUUAACAAAUAUUUUAUUAACGAUAUCAACCAGCUGUUGUACUCAUUCCCCAAGGAUCAUCGUACGUCGGAUGGACAUAAAUUUUGGAGUCCACCUAAAAGGAUGCCGACGCCAUUAACAUUCAACCCUUCUGAAAAAUACGUUUCUAUGUUUUUGAUAGCUACUGCUAACAUACUCGCCACAGUUAUUGGUAAAAAGGUACUUGUCAAUCAAGACGACGUCGCAAUGAUGCCACCCAUGCAAUUUGAGCCGUUCAAACCUAAGAUACUCAAACUAUCGCAGGACAAACUAAAUGUUGUGGUUGAAACCCCGGCGGAAUGCACUAUCUCGAGAUCUAAAUCAAUGCAGGAGAUUAUGAAUUCACGCAAUGUGUUCGAAUCCGUCGAAUUUGAAAAGGAUGAUGAUACCAACUACCAUAUCGAAUUCAUUUGGGCGACGGCAAACUUGAGGUGCCAAAACUACGAUAUCGACCAGUGCGAUCGUAUGAAGGCAAAAAUGAUAUCAGGCAAAAUUAUACCUGCCAUUGCCACAACCACCUCUAUGAUAGCGGGACUGGUAAUGCUAGAAUUCGUAAAGACCAUCUGCUAUCAAAAACUCAAAAUCGAACACUUCAGAAACUCAUUCUGCUGUUUGGCAACUCCACUGUGGCUGCAAUCGGAACCUAUGCCACCAACAACCACUUCGGAUAAGGAAUAUGACCCCGUUGUUGGUGGAGCAAUACGUGCACUUCCACCAAAUUUCACCGUUUGGGACAAAGUGAAAAUCAAUAUUCCAAAUGGUACAGUGGGAGACGUUAUAGAAGCCAUACGAGUGAAAUUUAAUGUGGAAGCAAUCAUUCUUUCAGCUGGGAAUACUUGCAUAUACAACUCUUUCAUGCCUGCACAUCAAAGAGAACGGCGUUCACAACCAAUUGCCCAACUGCUAGAGAAACUAACUAAAGCUCCAUUGUUACCGUCAUGCUCAUACCUAGUUAUUGAGGCUAGUUGCACUGAUGAUGACGACGUAGAUGUCGUCAUCCCAACCAUUCAGUUUGGGUUUAGAGCCACAUAACUAAAUAUC